GUUUACCGCACCGUGCCCGUUUCUUUCCACGUGUACAGCUUGCCGCAAAUUGAUUCGAAAAAUCGUGUAAAAACGCCCGAAGAAAGAUUCGAAAACAGUACACCUGAAGAAAUGGACUGUUCUCUUAAGAUCUCUACUCCGCCGCCGUUUCUCGCCAAAUUCCCGCAUACUAAUUUUCCCGCGCAGUUCUCUCACUUUUUCCCGCCGCAACUGUCCAGGGGAAUUCACCGAGUUUUCGCGGCAAUUUCCAUGGGCUCCUCUCAAGCUCCGUCGCCCACGGUUCCUGCGGUUACCAUAUCCUAUAACGAGCUCAAGGACAAAUGUUCAGACUUAUCCGCUAAAAUUGAGGAAGGAUUUGGGCAGGACGGGCUUGGUAUUCUAUCAGUUUCAGACGUUCCUGAGUAUACUCUAUUGCGUCAAAAUCUACUUCUUCUUUCACAUAGAUUAGCAAACCUCCCUGAAAGCGUGAAACAGGAACUGGAAGAUCCCGAUAGUAGGUACAACUUUGGAUGGAGUCAUGGAAAAGAGAAGCUUGAAUCUGGAAAACCAGAUACAAUGAAAGGAUCCUUCUAUGCAAAUCCAAUAUUGGAUGUGCCAACAACUGAGCGAUCCCUUAUGGAACGAUAUCCAUCCUAUUGCAGACCAAAUAUAUGGCCACAUACCACUCUUCCAGAACUUGAGAUUGCUUUUAAAGCUCUUGGUAAGAUGAUUCUUGAUGUUGGACUGUUGUUGGCUCACCAUUGUGAUCAAUACGUAUCCCACAAGAUAACAGCAAAUGAAAAUGAUGGCCUUGAAAAGAUACUACUUCGAUCUAGAUGUCAUAAAGGCAGACUGCUCUACUAUUUUCCUUCCCAGCAAAGCUGUUCCCAAGAUGAUGAGUCAAUGUCAUCUUGGUGUGGUUGGCAUACUGAUCAUGGUUCACUGACAGGUCUUACAUCUGCCAUAUUUAUGAGAGAUGCUGUACAAAUACCUUGCUCUGAUAAUGCUGCUGGCCUUUAUAUAAAAACGCGUACCGGCCAAGUAGUUAAAGUGAAAUAUGGUGAAGAAGAAAUAGCAUACCAAAUUGGUGAGACAACUGAGAUAUUGUCAAGAGGUCUGCUCUGUGCAACACCACAUUGUGUCCGGGCACCAAAAGGGGAGGAAGCAUCUGGUGUUGAUCGCUCCACAUUUGCAUUGUUCAUGCAGCCAGACUGGGAUGAAAAGCUUAACUUCCCAGAUGGUGUACAUAUUCACAAGGAGCUGAUUGCCUCCUCCAAUGGAUCUCUGACGUUUGGAGAAUAUACUGAGAUGCUGCUCGACAAGUACUAUCACCUCAAGCAAAAAUAAUAGUAAAAGCUUGGACCAGUAAGACAGUUACAAUGGAUAUUCUAUGUAACGACAACAUCCAGGCCUUAUUUCCUAAAGAUUUUGAGGCUGGCUAACAUGUAAUGAAUGUUUUUAUGGUAAAUAAUCAACACAAUACGUGGAAGACAUUUGUCUUUGAGUAUUAUAUUGCUCUUGUAAUCAACAACUAUUUACAUGUAUAUUGAGCAAAUUCAUUAUGUACAAAAUUCAUUAUGAUGAACCAAUGAUGAUUGUAAGCAAGAAUAUUUUACGUACGUAUAAUUUUAGAAUAAAUCUAGGUGCAAGUGCAACCAUU